GUUCAGGCAUUCCUCUGUCGCGAACUUGAGUGUACUGUCCUCGACGAACUCGCGCCAUCGUUCUUCAUCUUCUGCAAACGCCGUAGCUCACAUGUCAACACGCUACAUGAGUACAGCAGCACAGGUAGCCAUGUGACCGUCUCCGAGGACCCGGGCCUCCACCUCGUUCGAAAGUACGAUGUAAUAUUCAUCAAACCAAUUCCUCACUGCCUGUUGAACUUCAACUUCUGGGUCUCAUAUCUUAUGCCCGGGCACGGUGGCUCAGGUGCGGGGCAGGAUCUCCACGAUCCCGCGAGGCUGAAAUCCUCUACCCGCUCAGCACUUGGCUUACUCAGAACCUAUGGCUAUCUCAUCAGACACGAGUCUGACUUCCUGGUUGCGAGGAGCAACCAUCUCAUCCCCAGAGAUGUUUCUUACACCCAAUUCCAGUACUUCAUUCAUCCAUUUCGAGAACUUCCAGACUUCGUCGUCUCGCCGCGCUAUGAGUACGGCCACAUCCGCAUGACGCGCCUAAACCUUGCGAUACGCAUCUUGCGACCAAAAUCCACCCGAAAGAUCUUUCCAUGGUCGUACCAUAAACUGUACUAUCAUUCCGGGCAAUAUCUGGCCAAAUUUGCAGCACCUCUGUUGUUUCUCUUCGCAUCUUUUACCUUGAUACUCUCAUCGAUGCAAGUGGGUCUUGCG